AUGCACUACCUGUACAUUUUCUUGUCGGCCAUUGUACUUUACCUGCUGAGUUUGGUCGUCCGCUGGUGUUUCCCCGGUAAUCGUAUGUCCAAGUCGUGUCCUGUGUCGGUCAACUAUCACUUCACUCGACAAUGCAACAAGUCUUGUGGGUUUUGCUUCCACACAGCGACUACGACACACAAGGAGGAUCUAUUAUCAGCACAGCGUGGAUUAAAGAUGCUGAAAGAUGCCGGGAUGAAAAAGUUGAACUUUGCCGGGGGAGAACCGUUUCUCUAUCCUAAGUUCUUAGGCAGUCUUGUGGGCUAUUGCAAGGAGGAACUCCACCUAGAGUCGGUCUCCAUCGUCACAAACGGCAGCCUGGUGACCAAGUCAUUCUUGUCCAAAUAUGGCCACCACAUCGACAUCCUCGCCGUCUCGUGCGACUCUUUCGACGAAAAGACCAACAUUGCGAUUGGCAGAGGCGCCGGGGACCAGGUGGAGAAACUGUACCAGAUUGCCGAGUGGUGCCGAGAAUUUGGUAUCAAAUUCAAACUGAACACGGUCGUCUGCAAGCUGAACAUGAAUGAAGACAUGAACCAGCAUAUCUCGAGGCUCCAACCGUUUCGGUGGAAAUGCUUUCAGGUCUUGAUGGUCGCGGGAGAGAACGACUCUGACCAGACACUCCGGGACGUACGAAAAUUCAUGAUCACAGACGGGGAAUUUGACGAGUUCUGCCUGAGACAUCAACGACAGGUGAGCAUGGUGCCGGAGCCCAAUCGAUUGAUGGCGAAAUCAUACCUGAUAUUGGAUGAAUACUUGCGCUUUCUCGACCGAGAAGGUCGCAAACCGUCUGCAUCCAUCUUGACCGUGGGUGUACAACAGGCUUUGUCCGAGGUUUUUUGGGAUGAAGACAGCUUUUACGAGCGAGGCGGGGUUUACGAUUGGAAACGCCCUUCCUCGUCAAAGUGUGCCUCCAACAGCGCAUUGGAUUGGUAG